CGUGGACCACCGCGCUGGCUACUGUUCGUAUUGCCAUUUUAAUUGUGAUUCUGUGCCUUAACAAUCAACUGAUGAUCCGUUAGUGAAGAGAGAACUACAAUUUCUAAAAAGCUUUAGCUGAGUGUUUGGGAAAGAGACAAGUUUCGUCUACUCGCGGGUCUGACAAACGGCCGGGUGUGGUGGCACAGCCCGGGGGUCCCGGCAUUCGGGAGGCGGAGGCAGGCAGAUUGUCGAAGAGUUCCAGACCACCCCGGGCUACCUGGCGAGACCCUGUCUCUCAAAACAACCAAAGACGUAAGAAAACUGGUUUUUAAAAUAGAAGGAUUCUACCCUCAACUUGCUUUAAAAGUGGCUUUGAAACCUCCCUCCACCUCAGAGAAAGCGAAAGUGAAAGGAGGCGGCUUCCGGGAGCGGGUGGGGUUUGGUGCCCGGAGCGCGUCAGCCCCUGGAGGCUGAGGCGCAGCUGCCUGAGCGCUGAAGUGCUGGGUCGGGGUCUCUAGAAACCGCCCAUUCUGGCUCCUGGACAACACGGGGCUACCCAGUGAAUUCGAUACAGGAACGACCCCUCCAGAGAGUGGUAUUUUUGGACUCAUGAUAAACUUCUCUGCCUUCCUUGGUGCAGCCACGAUGUACAUACGCUACAAGAUCGUGGAGAAGCAGGACCCAGCUGGCCACCUGGGGACAUCCCUGCUCAACAUGGUGUCGCUGGGGCUGGGCCUGGUGGGCUGCUUCGGGAUGGGCAUCGUGGCCAACUUCCAGGAGCUGGCAGUGCCCAUGGUCCAUGACGGGGGCGCCCUGCUGGCCUUCAUGUGCGGCGUGGUGUACACGCUCCUGCAGACCGUCCUCUCCUACAAGUGCUGCCCGCAGUGGAACAGCCGCACCACCUGCCACGUGCGCAUGGCCAUCUCGGCCGUGUCCUGGGCCGCUGUGGUCCCCAUGAUCGCCUGUGCUUCCCUGAUUUCCAUGACCAAGCUGGAAUGGAGCCCAAAGGAGAAGGAUUACGUGUAUCACGUGGUGAGUGCCAUCUGUGAGUGGACAGUGGCCUUCGGCUUCAUCUUCUACUUCCUGACCUUCAUCCGCGACUUCCAGAGGCUUUGGAAACACACCUGUUGGCUUAGAUGGCCUUCUCCUGCGUCCUCCGCCUUUGAUGCUAAAAGCCAUGUGUUGAAAAAUGUUCCCAAGGGCUUCACCCACCUGUGUAGCUCAGGCUGGCCUCAGACUUGCUGAGAUCCUCCUGCCUCAGCCUCCUGAGCGCUAGGAUUACAGAACGUGACCUUGAGGAUAUCCACGGAGAUCAACGGCGACCUCUGAGGAUGCCUCGCAUCCCUGGCACCCGACAGGGACCUGCUGCCCAUGGGCUGAGUGGGCCCAUCCGGGACUGGGUUUCGUUAAGAAUUCUUCCCACUUGUGCAUUUCUGGGGGUUCAUUUUCCCACAGAAUGUAGAAUGUUUAUGACAUUGUAGCAAUAUUUUUAUACUUUUCUAAGCAGACACUUUUAUAGUAACAAAUUCAUACACAAAGAUGGGGGUUACAGAAAGCGGAGAGCUAUUUUUGUACAGAUCUUUUUCAUUUUGUUUUUGUCUAUGUGUGAACAAUCUGUGGAAAUACACUAAGUGAGAGUUGUAAGUUCAGUACACUUUUCAAAAAGUAAAAUCAGUAUAGUCAUUUUAAAAUUUCAUUUUCCGAGGAUGAACUGUAUAAUUGUUUUUUGACAAGAUCUUGCUGUGUAGUUCAGGCUGGCCUUGAACUCACUGUGUAGCCUGGGCUGGCCUCGAAUUGGCAGCAAUCCUCCUGCCUCAGCCUCUCCAAUUUGGUAACCACCACAUCUGCCUGUAUAAUUUUUUAAUUUUUUUUUUUGGUAACAGGGACCGAACUCAGGACCUUACGCUUGUGAGGCAGGCAGUGGAACCAUGGAGCUAAAUCCCCAGCUCUGGUGCAUCAGUUUUUUUUAUAAUCACAAGACCAUGUAUAAAAUUCAAUUUAUACCCGAGUUCGAUCCCCGGUACCAAAAAAAAAAAAACAAAAAAAACCCACACACACACAAAAAAUUCAAUUUAUAAUGAUCACAGUCUCAAAUCUUAAAAAUUUAGUUAAUUAACACUAAGGUACUCUGAUUUUUAAUUGCACUAAGCAAACUUUCUACCAUGAGGCCUCAAGACACUCCCUGCACACAUUAACUCUGAGCACAGGGCCUUGCUCUGUGGCCCAGGCUGGUCAUGAACUCGCAGCGAUCCUCCUGCCUGGGCCUCCUGAGUGCUGGGAUUCCAGGCAUGGGCCAGGGAGUCUGAGGCCUGCAUGGCAGAUCCAUUCCCUCUGGCCUUGCACCGAUGCCGGCCUUGCGGGGCGCACUGAGGCGGCCCGGACCCCGCAUCCGAGUCCAUGACCGCGCCGAGUCCACCCACGGGCGGGAGUAGCUGAGGCUCGGUAUUGUUUCUGUUUUCAUGAACUUGCAUUUCCUUCACCUCAUGACUGAAAGAAUAAAAUAAAAUGAAAAUGUC